UACGAUUUCAUGACACUCAAGAUGGCGGCCACCAUGGCGAGAUGUUUCCCUGCACUGGUCAGGCCGCUGUCCACGCGCAUGAGAAGCUGCCGUGUCUCCUGGUUAUUGAGAACUCACGCGACACCUCAAACUCGUCUCUUGUCUGACCUCUCACGCGGACCCCUUCAGAGGCCCGCGCGGAUCCCUGCAGCAGGCGGCGUAUCGACCGCGUCCUCGCAGAUUCCGCAGGGAGGUCUGCUGCGCCGUGUCCUCCCACUCCUCCCUGCUGUGCUGGCGCCCCCUAGCAGGAGUCUGACGUAUUACAGCCUGAAGUACGGCAAGCGCAAGACGUGCCGCUCCGUGCCCAAACGCUUCCUGCGGCUACACUGCGGCCUCUGGCUGCGCAGGAAGGCGGGCUACAAGAAGAAGCUGUGGAAGAAGCUGCCGGCCCGUAAGAAGAGGCUGCGUGAGCACGUGUUCUGCAACAAGACACAGAGCCACCUGUUGGACAAGAUGACCGGGCGCUUCUGGAAGAGAAGGAACUGGUACCUCAACGACCCCUACCUCAAGUACCAGGACCGUGUCAACCCCAGGUGGUGACACACACCAGUGUGUGUGUGUGGAGUCUUGGGGUCGGGGGGGCUGUAAAUAUCCAUGUUUGUGUGUAAAUCAACUUCUAUUGUCAUUGAGCUCAGUCAUGUCAAUCUGUCAUGAAUAAAGGAUUCAUUUAGCGUCA